CCCGGCAAUUAAAGUUUAGGUUUUUUCUCUCACCUCCUGCCACUUGAAGCUUCUUUUCCCUCUUUUUGUGCCUCCAGUUCAUAAUUACCCCAUGUCGGAUCAUGGAUUUAGAGACUUGUACUACUACCAUACGAGUGCGUUCAACAAUGAUCACGAUCAGCAGAGUUUUGGUGGUGAAACUGAUAGCACCUAUAGGGCUUCACCAUCUUCCGUUGAUCCUUCGUACAUGAACAUGAGCUUCACUGAUUGUUUACACAGUACUUCCAUGGACUACGAUUCACUUGAAAAAGCUAUUGGUCUGUCACCGUCAUCGUCGAAAGUGUUUUCCUCAGUCGAAGGCAGCAUCCGGACGAUGAAGCAGCUGGUCGGUGCGGAGGAUUUAGUAGGUAAUACCGGUGAAGUUAUGGGACCUCCUAAUUCUUCCAUUUCUUUUUCCUCAAGCGAGGCAGGAUGUGAAGAAGAUUCAGACAAGAGUAGGAAAGAUGGGCAGCCAAAGGGAUCAGAAGAUGGAGGCGAAGUUUAAAG